AGCACCAUGAAGACAUCACUUCCUUAUAAGUGCUGAGACAUGGCCGAGAAACUGACAGAAGACCAAAUUGUCGAGUUGAGAGAAGCUUUUUGUGCCGUGGACCGUGACAACGAUGGCACCAUAACCAUCAAGGAGCUGGGUACACUCAUGCGGUCCCUGGGACAGAACCCUACCGAGAAUGAGAUGGAGGAUAUCUCAAACGACGUUGACCCUGACGGUGAAGGAGCGAUCAAUUUUGUGGACUUCCUGCACGUGAUGGCCAAACGUCAAAGUGACACGGAGAGAGAAGACGAACUGAGGGCAGCGUUUAGAGCUUUUGACGCCGACAACAACGGAUAUAUUGAUAAGACUGAACUGAGAAAUGUGAUGACAGACAUUUGUGACGACAUCACCAGAGAAGACAUAGAUGAAAUGUUCCAGCACUUCGACAGAAAUGGUGACGGUAGGAUACCAUAUGAAGAAUUCAUCUCAUCGGUGAUGGCGAUGGAGAGGGAAGAGUUACAGCAAAAGAAAUAG